AUGAUUCAAGUCAACUCCGUCAGUCCCACACUACUUUUGUUAAUGGCUUCAACAAUCUCCAGUGGGCAGAUGGGGUUUAAUGGUUCCCUCCUUGGAGGAGUAGGUGUUCCGACAUCAACCUCUAUUCCAUCUUUUAUCGCGCCAACCUACUUCCACGUAGGCGGAGAUAAACUACAAAAAGCACAGCAUAGCGAUGUUAUAGAGGAGAUAGAUGAUGGACAACAGACGGCAACGGCGCCAAGACUGGCAAAAGUCGGCGGCAUCUUCACAAGUGCCGGGUAUCAAAGACCGUUUCAAAGCCAAGUUGAUGCAAUCAACUCUUUGACCAAUAGGACGGUGACUAUACAACCGGAGUCAGUCGUUCUACAGAAACACACGCCUUUAGAGAUAGUAGACGCUGUCUGUGGGAGGCUACAUGACGUAGACGCUCUGCUCUUGUCCGGUGGGAGCACUGACAAGUGGGCGUGGCAGUUCGUUGCCAUGGUAGCGGGGUAUCUGCACUUGCCCGUGAUUGGACUGCACAUCGCCUUCCCAACUUUCAAUGCCAAUCAGGCGCAGGACACAACCCUGUUGCAGAUCAGCGCUUCACUAAAAGAUCAAACUCGAGCGCUCUUCGACGUCCUCGACUCUCAAGGGUGGCACGAAUUCGCCAUUUUGAAAACUGAGCUUCCGGGUCAUACAGAGUUCAUUUCCUACGUGCAGACGUACUUGGACCAAUCAGAUAAAUGGAAACUAGAUUCAGUUAUAAAAUUUGAUGUCAACGCCAACCAUUACUCCACAAGGAAGGUGCGGCAGUUGUUACGUGCUAUCAAAGCAAAGGCUGUCAUUCUCUUCUGCUCCACUACUGAUGCAUCAUGGGUAUUCAACAUGGCGGAGUCCAUUGGAAUCCUGGAGGACAACCACGUGUGGAUCGGUUUCCAGUCCAUCUCGUCUAGGGUCGUCAAUUUUCCCCAGGCGCCGGAGGAGUAUCCAUUGGGGCUGAUCCUGCUACACUUUCGCGAGGCUCAGUACACGAUAGAACUCGCCCUGCAGGACGCUUUGUCCGUUCUUCACGAGGGAUUGUCGGUGUACUUACAACAAAACAACCAGGUUGCUUCGCCCGACCUUAAUAAUGCAACCAACGGAUGUAAGGACCUGGCCUCUUUGAGACGUUUGCGCGCGGAUAACGCGUUUGACAGGUUUAUGAAGGGUUUCAGUAAGAAGAAUUCGAUGAUGAAGUUCGGAGAGGACGGGUUUGUUGAAAACCCAUUAUUUGCCAUAGUUGGUCUUGACAAGCGAGGAGUAUUUGAUAGGGUUGGAAGCUGGUACAAUGGCACCGUCACCUUGGAGCGGUCUCUGAAAGAGCUUACCCAGUCUUUAGGCAACCUGCUCACCCCCCUCCCCACGUCUAGACAUUUCAACAUCGUGACCAUCAAAGAGGAUCCCUUCGUCUUCGUCUCAGAAAAGGAUGACACGAUAUGCAUGGGGAAGGCUGUAGAAUGCAAGCAACUUACAGACGGACCGCCGGGACACAUCAUCAAAUGCUGCUCAGGAUUCUGUAUGGAACUAUUGCUUCAGCUGGCCAAGGAUCUGCACUUUACAUACGAGGUGUACCUUGUGAAUGACGGAAAGUUCGGCAAGCUGAGUCUGACUGGCAAGUGGAACGGGGUCGUGGGAGACAUCGUGGCGGAGAAGGCCGACAUGGCGGUGGCGCCGCUCACUAUCAACGAGGAAAGAUAUGAGUAUAUGGACUUCUCGGCGCCGUUCGUCGAGACGGGGAUCAGUGUGCUUGUCAACCGGCGGAAGGGCAGCGUCUCCCCGUCCGCGUUUCUCGCUCCCUUGGAUGUGUGGUCGUGGCUGAUGAUAUUCCUGGUCUGUGUGCACGGCAUGGCCUUCGCCAUCUUCGUCUUCGAGUUCCUGCGUCCCCGAGUCGGCAGGGCCAGGCGGCUGUUUGCCGGAGAGGAGGAGCACAAGUUCACGGUGUUCAGCGCCAUCUGGCUGAUGUGGGGGAUGUUGUUCGGCGGCGCCGUACCCGCAGACAACCCCAAAGGCACCACCAGUAAGAUGACGGCCUCGGUCUGGGCGUUCUUCGGCCUCAUCUUCAUCGCGUCUUACACGGCGAAGCUGACAGCUUUCAUGAUCCUCGAGGAGAAGAGGGAAAGUAUCACGGGCAUUAAUGAUCCCAAGUUUCAGAACCCGACGGGCAGCUCCCCAGCCUUCAGAUUCGGAACAGUCCCGGACGGGAGCACAGAGAAGAACAUCAAGCGGAACUACGGCAGCCACAUGCUGGACUACAUGAACCAGUUCAACAACGACUCACCCAAGGCAGCAGCAGAAGCUCUCAAACAGCAGGAGCUGGAUGCCUUCAUCUACGACGCAGCAGUGCUUGACUGGGUAGCGGGGAAAGACCCCGACUGUUCUCUCGUCACCAUCGGGGAAGGGAAGAUCUUCGCCGCCACGGGGUACGGCAUUGGCUUCCCCAAAGGGUCCCCUCUGAAGAAAGAGUUCGACUUGGAGAUCCUGCGAUAUAGAGCGAACGGCUUCCUUGAUGAACUAAAAGCGGAAUGGCUGCGAGGCAUUUGUCAUCAAAACAGCCAGAUGCCAGACGCCAGGAGCUACCCGCUGGACAUAGAGAACUUGGCGGGCGCGUUCUACCUGCUGGCCACGGCCAUCGGGCUGAGUCUGAUCGUCCUAGCGGCCGAGCACGUGUACUACAGGUCCGUCCGUCCCGCCCUGCUCAGCAGGCGUAUAGACUGUAACGGUGCCUGCUCGCUCAUCAGUACGGGAAUCCACAAAAGCCUUGACGUGGGUAUGGGUGAAGGGAACGGUCUGGACUCACACGAGUCUCUGUGUGAAGACUGUAACGACACAAGUCCAGCCGACAGGAACCAAGUCGCCAUGUCUGAAACCGUCACAUCAGACAUAGCGCUCACACUGUCCAGGUCACCCACACAAGAGGCCCUGCCGAUGGGAGACUAUCUUCAAGGCGGAGGGGUCGUGAAGGACGACGAUGACGGGGAGGGGUUUGUGAGCCCUAGCGGCCGCGUGACAACUGCAUGAUAUGUACAUAGAACGAUAGAAGAUCAGUAUAAGAGGGCGUAGUCGUGCAGCAAAUGUUUGUACAGGUAAAUUGCUACAUUUUAAAAUGACUAGUCGACUUAUCACUACUAGGUCAGUUUACUGUCGUCAAAAAUUCUGUAUCAUAGACUGGAAACUUGUGAUCAAGUAGAAAAUAAUGCCAGGUUCUUCUUAUAUAGUAUAUUUAUACUUGCUUGUAUUGAUAACGCAUAACGCAUACAGACUGUCACCGUGAUCAGUACGUGAAAAGGGUCAACGAAAACGCAGUUACAUUAUGUAACCUCAACAGUACAUGACAUAGCUACGAUACAGGAAAUACAGAUGUGCUAAGCAAUGCUUGAUGUCACCAGAGAUUUCGACACAAUGUCUCUUAUAGCAUACAGAUGAUGUCAGAAUGACAGAAGGUAUAGCUCACGCCAGACAAGAAAAGAACGAGACAACUAGAAGUUUCCAUGUUAUCAACAUUAAUUUAAUUAGGUAUUAAAAAGUGUUCUACCCAAGAUCUAUCCUAGAUAGUCAAUAUCAAGAUAGAAUUCUUUAUCCCUGUACACUGAGUAGGUGUAAGGUAGUUCGAUACUCCUAGUACCUACGAAGCUGCGUUCCUAAUGUAAAAUCGCUAACAAUGAUACAGAUGUAGAUGAUACUGUAAAAUACUAUUUUUCAUUCGUAGUAUGUAAAAUUCUUUGAUUGAUACUAAGUAAUAGGCAGAGUAACACUUUGUAAAAAGCGCGUGGUGGCUUCUGAACACUCUUUGGUUAUACAAGGAAUAGAAAAAUAUAUGAUAUAGGAGAAAUUACCAGUAAUCGUGUUGAAUAGCAAUAGAGAUACGUGUAUAUUAUGUGGUGAUUUACCACUGCACGGCU